CCUUGCUGUAAAGCGCGGGGUGUUGACAGCAGGCGGCCGAGCAGGAAGUGAGUGAGGAUAAAACGAGAUAACCGGGAUCGCCAGGAUCAACCGGAGUCACCGACCUCGCCCGGACUGGGAGCUCGGCCCGGCGGGACACGGAGUCAUGAGCCGAGCGAGAAGGGUCCCGGGCCGGGGGGCCGCCAUGGCCAGGCAGAUGGGGCUGCUGGUGGAUCCUGGUGUGAGGGGGAGCCCGGGGGAUGGCGGUGGUGACGGCGAUGUGGCACUGGAGGCUGAGCUGCUGCUGCUGCUGGGGGGCCGGGAGGCCCCGGCGGGUGGGGAGCCCUCCCCGCCCCCCCAGCAAGCUCUGGCAGCAGUUGAGGCCCUGGCUCAGCUCUGUCUCCGGGACCCCGCGGAGGAGGAGGAGGAAGGGGAGGAAGAUCUGGAGAACGAGGAGGAGUUGCUGGCAGAACUGCAGGAGGUGCUGGAAGAGGGGUCCGGGAGCGCAGCCGCUGCGGAGACCCCACAGGUACAGCCCGGCCUGGGUGAUCCCAGGGUCGAUCCCUGCCGGGGUCCCAGUGAUCCGGUGUUCCUGGUGUUCCCGCAGGAGCCUGCAGGCGCUGGGGCGCUGCUGCCGGAGCUGUUGGAGCGGGCGGAGCUCUACCGGGCUGCCCUCGGGAACUGUGCGAGGGACAACGGGAACGGUGCCCGGCUCCGGCGGCUCCAGCGUGGCCUCAAGACCCUGGAGCAGAUGCUGGAGUCCGUCCGGAGCGGGAAGUCGAUUGACGAGGCCGAGAUUCCUCCUCCAGUGGCUCUGGGGAAGGCGGGGGGAGCCCCUGGGCCACCACCCCCUGUGAGCCCUGAGCCCCCAGUGCAGCCCCCCGCCCCUCCACAGGCCCCCCCAGCCCCGGAUCCCUGCCCGGAUCCUGGCUCAGUGCCAGCGCUCCGGGUUCGGCUCCAGGAGCUGCAGAAGGAAGCACUGGCGGCCAAACGCCGCGGGGACACGACCGUGGCCCUCGAGCACUUCAGGGCAGCCAAGAGGCUGGAGGCACAGCUGGAGGCGCUGGGGCAAGGCUGUGUUCCGCCAGCCCCUGAUCCACAGCCAGAAGAGCCAAAGGAUUCGCCAAGGAGGGAUCCACCAGACACCAGCCCAGCCCCUCCCACCACAGGGGCACCCCGGGCGCCACGGGACGUGCGGGAGGCUCUGGAGCAGCGCAUGGAGCGGUACCGGACGGCUGCAGCCCAGGCCAAGGACAGCGGGGAAGCAAGGAAGGCACGGAUGCACGAGAGGAUUGUCAAGCAAUACCAGGCUGCCAUCCGUGCUCACAGCGCUGGCAAAGCCGUGGAUCUCUCGGAGCUGCCGGUUCCCCCAGGCUUCCCCCCUAUCCAGGGCACAGACAUCCCAUCUGAGCCAAGCAUUUCUGGGAUGCUGGAGGCGGCCUUGAGGCUGACGGGGCCAGAGCAGGAGGAGGAAGAGGAGGAGGAAGAGGGGGACACCAAAGUAGCCAAGGUGCAGCCCAGUGCUCCCCCUGCGCCCCCUCCCAAACAGCCACCGCCGCCCCCCCGGAAUUCCCAAGUGGCUCCCAAACCUGCUGGAAAAGCCCAGCAGCAGCUGGAGUUCCUGGAGCUGCGGCGGAGGCAGCUGGCGCAGGCCGCGCUCCGCGCCAAGCACCGCAAUGACCUGGAGGGGGCCAAGCUGCUGCUGCGCCGGGCCAAAGGCAUCGAGGGGCUCAUCGGGGCCGCCCGCGGGGGCCUCCCCGUGGACCUUGCCCAGGUCCCGGAGGUGCCCCUGGAUGGGGCUGAAUUUGAGCUGGGGCCUGGCCGGGGGGUUCCCGUGCCCCCUGAGGCUGCCAAGACCUUCCUGCAGCUGGCGGGGGCCCUGCGGAGGCAGCACCAGAUGUGUCUCACCUAUUCCCGACAAUUCGCCCAGCUGGGGAACAUCUCAGAGACCACCAGGUGCGAGGCGCUGGCCGAGGAAUGCCGGCGGCACAUGGAGACCCUUCGCAGGGAGCACAAUCGGGGGGCGCCCCCCCCAAAGCCCCGCUACGAGCAGAGAACCUUCAGUGUCAUCAAGAUGUUCUCAGAUCUGAGCAGCAGUGACCUGGAGCUGGGAAUAGAGAGAGGGAUUGGCCUCCCAGUGCCCGCAGGUGUGGCCCCCGGUGACCUGGACACCUUUGUGCGCUUCGAGUUCCCCCACCCCAGUGCGGAGGAGGCGCAGCGAGACAAGACCAACGUCGUCAAAAACACGGAUUGUCCUGAAUUCCGGGCACGGUUCCGGCUGCGGCUGCUCCGAGGGCACCGGGGGCUGCGGAGGCUCCUGAGUUCCCGUGGGAUCAAGUUCGAGGUGACCCAGAAAGGGGGGCUGUUCCGGCCGGAGCGGGCUCUGGGCUCGGCGCAGCUGCGGCUCGAGGGGCUGGAAGGAGCCUGUGAACUCCGGGAGCAGCUGGAGUUGCUGGACGGGCGCCGCCGGACGGGCGGGCGGCUGGAGGUGUGGGUGCGGAUCCGGGAGCCCCUGGGGGCGCAGCGGCAGCUGGAGCCGCGCUCCGAGCGCUGGCUGGUGCUGGAGCCCAGAGCCGAGGCCACGGUGAGUGCCGGGACCACGCGGGAUCGCCCGGGGAAGGGAGGAAAAAUCAGCCUGGGCCAACCCAGAGCUCCUCCUGCUCAGGUCGCCGUUCCCAAACCGACCGUGGCUGCCCCGAAGGACGGGAACAACAGAUCCGUCCCCACCUUCCCGAGCCUCAGCCUGCUGCUGUUUGACCGGGAGCGCCUGGAGCGGAAGAUGGUGCCGUUGGGCCGUGGCGGGCGCUCGGUGCCGCCCGAGCUGCGGCAGCAGCACCAGGAUCUGCUGCAGCGCAUCCAAGGGCUGCGGACACGGCUGCAGGGGGGGGACCCCCACUUCCGCAUGGAGUAUGCGGAGCACCUGGAGCGGCACCUGCGGCUCUACACGGAAGCGGCGCGGCGCCUCGGCACCCAGGGAGAGCGGGAGGCAGCCAAGGAGGCUCUGUACAAGCGGAACCUGGUGGAGAGCGAGCUCCAAAAGCUCCGUGGAUGAGUCCCCCCUGCCUUGCUCCCCGUCCCGGGGUUAGGACCACGUGGGACUCUGGGGAGGCUCAGAGGACGCUUCCCCCUGAUUUGGGGGGGCUCUGGGAAACUCCCCCCCCCCCCCCCCAUGCCCACUGUGACAAUCACAGGGAACAGAGCUGCUAUAUCCCCCCAAUGACAGGGUGACACUGUCCCCCCCAAUGACAGGGUGACACUAUCCCCCUCCCCCCCCCCCCGUGACAGGGUGACACUGCCCCCCUCCAGUGACAGGGGGACACUGCCCCCCUCCCCAAGUGACAGGGUGACACUGCCCCUCCCCCCCCCCCCCCCCCCAUGACAGGGGGACACUGCCCCUCUCCCCAAUGACAGGGUGACACUGACUCCUCCCCACCUGGGUCUGCGUGUUCCCCCAAGCACUUUUUCCCUUCCCCCCGCGUCCCCCCCACCAAAGCGGAUUCCCCCCCCAAGUGCCUGUAGGCGAGGGGCUGUUCCGGACGCUCUCACAAAUUAUAAAGUUUUUAAGAAGGAAAACGCGGAUUUUGG